AGCGUAAGGCCGAAGGCGCACCACGCCUAUCAAGAUGGUCCCUGCAAAACACUGGCACCAACUUGCCGCAGCCCGGAAGUUCUUUAUCCCUCGAUUCCCCUCUCUUACCACGGGAGUCGAUGAUCUAGAGGCUAGGCUAUCGCGCACGAGGGCUACGGACCAUUGUCUGUUCUGAGCCAGCUGAUUUCCACGGAGCUGGCAGUCCUGCUCGGGCAAGCAUAUUGACCGCUUGUUGCAGGUCCCCAAGUGCUUUGCCUCACCCAUUCUUUCCUCUUUGUAUUUGUCCGCAGAUCCCUCUUCCGGUCCCUGAAAUCUUGUCCAUAAGUGGCCAUGCGCACUCAUCUCUUACAAAGCACGACCUGUGAAUAUGCAUCUCUGAGAUGCCCGCGCACAAGGCCGGUCUUCUUUUUGUGAACAAGACGCCCUCGUCAAAGUCCCUUUCCAACAGUAAAGGUGACCUAGAGAGCUCGCGCCAGAUUCACAAGCAUGUCCAGAAAUCUCGCGACUACCAACAGGAAAAGGAAACCAGGAGGAAAUUGAAGAGAGCCAGGCUGCUUUCUCUUGGAUGGACUCCUGUUUCCGUCGCACCCAGGCAAACGCCCGCCUCGGCACCUCUAUCGGUGUCUUCAGACACACCUCCCAGCGAGGGUACCCGUUCUGUUCCCCUUAGGCCCCACGUCCAUCACCGGCGCGAGGCAGACGCUGGUUGCUGCACUACUACAGAUGGACCCAAGAACGACGUGCCCAAGCUCUCGCUUGUCAUGCCCACAUGGGGCUCAUUGGAUCCGUUUGGCCAGUUCAGAGUCCCCAUGAACGUCGAGAAGCAUCGAAUACUCGAGUACUUCGUACUGAGGUUCUUCCCUGCGGUGACUCGAAGCGAUAUGGUCGCAUUCAUGGGUCAUCCUCGAGCACCCUCAUCCAGCCCUGCUGUGCAAAUUGUCCGCCGAGCCUCCACCGACGAACUGCAUGUCCUUGCCCUUUUGGCUGCCGCUAGUGCUCGCAUGAAGUUUGUUGAUCGAUAUCAUUUCUCCCGAGCGGAUCUACCCGAACGGUUGGCAGAUGCAACUCUUCGACUCCUGAGGAACUACUUGGAGCAAGCCCGACCAAUUACCCAUGAGUUGGUGCAAAGCAUCUUAUAUUUGUGGGCAGUCGAGAGCUACCGAAGAAAUUGGGAGGCGGUUUGGACGCAUGGGAAGAUGAUCAUGUACCUCUGCAAUCGUCACCUGGGCGGCUUCCAAAACCUGAAUCCUUACAUGCGCCGGAUGCUCUGGCUUGCUGAUCGUUUCCAGGCUGCUGCUACACAGACUCCACCGUUGAUCGAGGAGAGGUGGGAGAUUGAACAGCUUACCCCGCAACAAUACACCUGCGCAGUGGCUGCCUUGCGCAAGAAUGGCAAGCAGCCAAUGGGUUAUGGCUUUACGGAGACGAAUAGUGUCUUCAGCGAGCAUUUUCAGACUCUUCUGGACACCGUUCUGGAACUUUGUUGCGUCAUUCAUUGCCAUUGGGUUGGCAUCACUGAACCAACACUCAUUCCAAAACAAGAUUGGGCUAUUGCUCGAAGCUAUUUUAUCGCAGACGAACUGAUCAAUUUCAAGGAUGGCAUUGUUGAGGAAGACCCUGAAAGCCCUGUUUCUGAGGAGUCGAAUUUUCAGGACUGUGUGCGACUGGCUUUGAUUGUUUGGAUGGCAUUCGUGCCAGCGUGUGUUCCGUAUGCCGCUCGUGCAGGACUCGUCACCCUGCGCGCGGCUGUCGAUGCGAGGCCUUUACGGUACCGGCUGGGAAAAUUCAUUUCGAAUCUACCUGAACAUCCGGCAAGUCUUGAAGAAGAAACGAUGCUCUUGUGGGUUGCCGGCUUGGGCGCCGUGGCGAGCGAAUUGGUCGAUAAUCAAGAAUGGUUUGCGGUGCAAUUCCAGAGACUUGCAAAGAAGCUCGGAGUUUUCUCUUGGGAAGACUUCACGCCGAUACAGGAGAGAUUUCUGCUGCUAGACCAUUUGAAACCGGGAAGUCUCAUCAAACUGACGUGGCUCUUACAGCGAGCUAUUCACGCUGAUCUUGGAGACUGAGCAAAGGCUGUGGAUUGAAAGGCCAUGUAUACCGAGUAUACCCUGGGGAAUUGCGAUACUGUCACCCGAGAUCGUUGAGGCUACUAUAACGCAACCCCGCAAAUCCUGAACCUGACUCACACUCACAAGCACUCCGACAGAAAAACGGCAAUAGCGGGAGUGUGGCGCGCCGACGCACUCAUACAGAUACUUGGACCGUCAAAGACUGGUACUCUGAUAUGUCAAGCUAACCCUGGGUCGAAGACAACGGACUUCUCUAAGUUCUUGUCUCCGGCUGCACUACGGUGACAAGUUCUUGUCUCCGGCUGCACUACGGUGACCAUACUGCGAUCCCCCAGCUUGAGUCUUCAGGGCUGGACUCUUCCGCCGGAUCACAAAUUGCCACCGGUACCUUCGACCGAGGCCACACAAUGGGCGAUACAGGUAGACCUGGUAGUUAAAGUGGACUUUGGUCUCUCGGUAGCACCGGAAAAUGUCGGAGUCAGCAAUCUUUCAGCAGAGAAUGGGACGAAAGAGAAUCGGGAGGAUCGGGUAUUGUUCGGUGCCAUGCGGAGGACUCAGUUAUAGUCGGAGGGUAGUCCAGGGAACUUGGGCACGACGAGUUGCGUUGCGACUGUAGGGAGAACCGUGUGCCCGAGAGGCCAAUGUCCAAGAGUUGAGAAUGUCGUUGACAAUGUGUGUCAUGUACGAGCAGUCGACCACACGAGUGCAUUGAACCAUAGGAGGUUCCUAGGGACCGAGGAGGAGGAGGCAGAGGCUUCAGGAAAAGGAAAAACAGAUUUGCCGAGGCAGAUGUCAAUGGAUGGAAAUCACAUGCUUGGCGGGGGAAUUUGCUCGAUGAUGACAGACUGUAAUUCCUCGUCAUUUGGUCUUUCUUUUUGCUUCUUCCCCGCAAUCAUUGUCGCUGUACAAGUAGCUUCCGCUCAAC